UGUGUCAUGCAAGUGGGAAACCGUAACCUUUGACCUUUAAUAGCAGUGACGUCAUCAUUAGGGAUUCUAACAGGUGUCUCAUGGGUAUGCUGCUGCCUUGCCCACAACGUCUUCACCUUUAGCCUCUGACAGCCCCAUUCCUACCUUCCUGCGCCAAAAAAUUCGUGUGUUUGGCACUGAAGGUGUGGACGGAUGAGGCGGCUUGCCUUAGAGUAGUGGUGGAGCCACUAACAUGUAGACCCUCACGUCAGGUGGAGCAGUGGAAGUAGACUACCUGUAGACCGUCACGUCAGGUGGAGCAGUGGAAGUAGACUACCUGUGGACCGUCACGUCAAGAGGAGCGUAUUGUAACUCAUCGUCUGAAGCACAAACCGAUCCAAACCCAAGGAAUAAACCGGGUGGAAAUCCUAUUGACUUUUACCGUGUCAAGCCGCGUCUUAAUAUCAAAAGUAUAUGUGUGUGUGUGUUUAUGUAAGGCCCAAAUAAUAGGAGUGGGGACUGAAGUUUGUUUAUUGGGUAAUAAACUUGUCAAAGUCGCUACGGCGUCAAGUCAGGUCGGUGAUGGCUUCUGGUGAGAGAGAAUUUUAUAUCUUGGGAGGCUUUCCCAUUUUCUCUUAGAUUUCAUCGUCUUAAAAGAUGAAUUCCGCCACUUCAGGCACUUUGGAAAUGGUGGUGUAAAAGCCGCGGAUAUCGCGGAAAUGGAGGUGCGUUGUGAAAGCAGUCAAAGUUAAAGGGGAAGGGAGACUCCAAUGUAUACUCAGCCAGUCCACACCUCCGCGACGGUAUACUCCUCCCCUCCCUUCCUUGACAUGACCUGAAAUGACCUGGAGGCAAUCUAAGGUGCUCCUUCCAGUUUAUGAGAUUAUGUUGAACUGGAAACCACCCCAACUGGACUAUUCGCUGUCAUGAGGCGUCUUCUCCUCGCCCUCCUCUUCUCCGCGUUUAUUCUCUUAUCCUAUACCGCUGCUUCUGUUGUCGGAGGCAGGGGCGGGGGAAGAAGUCGUCCCGGAGGUCAUCAAGAUGAGUCCGAGGGGUCAGAAGCGGAGGCGCCGUUGGGAGCGAAGUUAUCACAAAUCUCGACGGAUGAAUCCCGACUGCCGACCAGUAUGUUCCAGUCUCUACACAGUAACGCCCAUCUAGGCGAUUCGUCGUCUCUUGUUCCUUCCUCCGCUUCCGUGCCAGACACCAGCUCAACCAGACGCCUCUUCCCAACAGCGAAGAAGGAGACCUCGACGGCGACUUCGUCCUCCAUUACUUCUCCCUUCGCCAAAGAGACACGCCCCUCAGAAGAUGUGCAUCAGACACCCACCAAACCCAAUGUCCAGACGCCCUUCGACACCGCCGCAGCAGCCGCCGCCGCCGCCAAGAACACCACCCCAGUUUACCGCCUCGGGGCGGUUUUCGAACCAGAACACAUCCAGAGCCUCUCUUCCGUUUUUUUCCAGUCGCUCCAGGAACAGAACCGCCUCAUCAGUGGCUCCUACCGCUUGGAAGGCGUCGCCAUAGAGACGCCCGCACUCACCGUCAAUGCUCUCAAGGGUGCGUGCGAAACCUUGAAGUUUGAGAGUGUGUCGGUGGGUGUGGCUGUGGGCGUGACGCAGAGUAUCUACGCAUCAGGUACUCUGGCCUCGCUGGCCGGGGUGCCUCUCAUCGCUAGGUCCAUCAAGGGCUACAGGGACGACACCCUUAAGACCCUGCUGCCUGAUCUGGUUGUAGCCAACCCUCGCCUCUCUGACCUAUGGGAAGCCGCCACGUCAUUCAUCUCCGCCCUCGAAUGGUGCCAGCCAAUCCUCAUCCACGAUGACUCCCCACAGGCCCUACAACUGGCCCACAUUGCCUCCAGAGACGACACCUACGAGACGAUGGGUCUCUCCCUCUCCGCCAACCUGCCCCGACACCACUUCCAGAACCGCCUGGGAGGUAUCCUUCACACUGUCCGCAGGCUCAUCUUCGUUUCCGGCACCGUCAACUUCGUGAAGGUGGUGUUCAGCCACGGCGAGGACUUGGACAUGUUCAACGGGGAGUACAUCUGGAUCCUGCUGGACGUGCCCCUACCCGGCAACUUGUCCGAGUCCCUGCGUCCUGGCCUCCUCAGUCUUCGCCCAGACUUUCUGAGAACCCCCAAAAAGCAGCUGCUUAUAAACUUUGUUAAAUCGUCAAUAUCUGUGAUAUCGGAGUUUUUCAAAGAAACCACCGUGGCCUCGUCAGCGUUGCUGGCGACGUCAGCGCCUGUACAGUGUCAAGUGCCUUACAGAAAUCUGUCCACGAGUCAAUCUGAAUUACACAGACAACUUAAAGAGAAACUAACAUCAAGCAGAAUAUCUCAAAGAUCCUUACCUGGAUUGACUCCAUUUUUUUACGUGGAGAACCUCGUACCGAAGAAAACGGGUGUAGGAGCCCAGUGGACCCGGGUGGGGUAUGUGAACGGGACGGAGGUGCAGAUCAACGCCAUCUUCUGGCCCGGGCGAGGGUACAAGGGGGUCUCGGAGCAGAACAAGAGACUGAGGGUGGCGCUGGCAGAGGCUCCACCCUUCGUCAUGACCUCCGCCCUCAUCGAGAACGCCACCUGCCUCCUAGGGGUUGUCUGUCUCAGAGUGUUCUCGCCGGAGGUGGCGGCGACCUUCGCCGACAUGGAAAGGGAUGUGGUGAAUGCCUCCAGAGGCUAUGAGGUCGUCUGCUGCAGCGGCCUUGCUGUUGACCUCAUGAUCAACGUCGCCACUGACCUCGAGAUCGAAAUCCAGGUGUACCUUGUAAUGGAUGGAACUUUCGGUGCCCCUCGAAGUAGCGGGUGGACGGGUGUUGUUGGGGACCUGCUGGAUGGUUCGGCAGACCUAUCCUUCGCUCCUCUCUCCGUUACCGCGCAGCGAGCCAGACACCUUGACUUCUCAGAUCCCUACUUCUUCUCCUCCAUGUCUAUGCUCUCCUCAACCAAGCAGAUGGAGGUGCCUCUGUUGGCUUUCUUAGUGCCCUUCAGUCCAGACCUGUGGAUCGCCAUCUUCGUCUCCCUGAACAUCACUGCCUUCAGCGUGGCCGCCUACGAGUGGCUCAGCCCCUUCGGUCUUAACCCAUGGGGGCGCCAGAGGUCCAAGAACUUCAGCUACGGGUCCGCCCUCUGGGUCAUCUGGGGACUGCUCUUCUCUCAUCUUGUUGCUUUCAAAGCUCCUAAAUCGUGGCCCAACAAGGUGUUGAUCAACGUGUGGGGCGCCUUCAGCGUCAUCUUCGUCGCCUCCUACACCGCCAACAUUGCCGCCCUCUUCGCCGGCCUCUUCCAGACGCGGUACCUCCACGAGAAGAAGGUGUUGUCCCAGCGGGUCGGGGCUGUGAGGGCCAGCUCGGCCGAGUACUACGUGUCCAAGCUCGACCCGGAGCUCUGGGCUCACAUGAGGCCCAACCUGGUGGAGAACUUUACGCAAGGCCUCCAUAACCUCCACACGGGUGUCUUGGACCUGAUGGUGGGAGACUCGGCCGUGCUGGACUACCUGAGAGCCAACGACCCUGGCUGUACCCUGGCCACUUACGGCGAGAGCCUGGUCUCCGAUACUUUCUCCAUCGCUAUGGGCAAGGGCUUUCCUCUCAGGGUGAAGAUCAACACUAUCCUUGCCCGGUACCUGGCCUCGGGUCACCUGGACCACCUCAAGCACAAGUGGUAUGGCGAACUACCGUGCUUCCGAAUCUCUGCUGAUAUCUACAAGCCCCAGGCUCUGGAAAUCAGCACGGUGGGGGGGGUGUUCCUUAUGCUGACCCUGGGCAUCGGUAUAGGAUUCUUCUUACUGAUCCUCGAGCAUGUGGUCUACCGCUACGCCCUUCCCUCGCUCAGGACCAAGCCUAAGGAGUCCCUCUGGAGGAACAGAAACUUGAUGUUCUUCAGUCAGAAACUGUAUAAAUUCAUCAACUGCGUGGAGCUGGUGUCGCCUCAUCACUCUGCCAAAGAACUUGUCAACAAUCUCCGGACAGGGCAGAUCAUGGGCCUCUUCCAGAAGUCGGUGAAAAGGAAAGAGAACGAACAGAGGCGGAGGAGGAAGAGUAAGGCACAGUUCUUUGAGAUGAUCCAGGAAAUAAGAAGAGUACAAAAAGCAGAAAAGGAGGAGGAUGUUCCAGUCUCGGUCACAACCACAACAACAGGAGAUUCCAAGAAAAGGUGUUCAACACCUUUGAAUGUGCCAGAAGUCACCCCAGCUCCCCCUUCACCUUUCUCCAACAUCACUGCUUCCUCCCCAGCCCCUAUCACUAUAAACUACAUCCCUGGUCCCGACCCCCAUGAAGACUCCGAGGGCAUCAUCGUUGUCAAUAGCUCCCUUCCCUUGGACUCAGACCCACAGGUGGGCCAGGGUCUCCUUUGUGAAGAAGAGAUCAGAGAGGAAGACUAUAGUUCAGGAAUCAUUAUACUCAGAGUCAGUGAUCCUGAAGAGGUGUUGGAGGCCAAUAACCUCAACCAACAGCUUGAGGACACCCAGGCAUACAGAGUAGCAGCUGAAGCCAGUGCGAGAGAGUUUGAAAUGUGUUUGUGUUCUUCUCAGGAAGGUGAAAGUAACAGUCGAAAGACUUCUGGGGGCUGUCUUAACUGUCUCCAACGGCAGGACAGCACCAGACAGGCUAGGAGGGCAGUCGAAGGCAGUUGUUUUCCUUGCAGUGGGGCGUCUAGUGUGAGAGAAAGUACUUUAGGAGACCCAUAUUCUGUGAUUGCCGGCACUGCCAAUGGUCUUCGCCACAGAGGAAGUGUCUCAAAUCCUAUGAUGCAACUUCCCUCACCUGCCCUCCAGAUUACCACUGCACCUUCACCUGGGUUCACACUAUCCUCAGAGAUUCACGAUGAUGUUCUUUGGAGCACCAGAUCUCUAGACAACAUGGACAACAUUGCUAGCAGGGCAAUGGGGGAGGAGAGCUAUGAGGGUGUACGUCUGGUGCCACUAUCUCAGCAGGCAGCUCUCAGGUCCUCUGGAUCCCUGCAGCUGGUGGCCACCCUUUCCCCUGCAGGUCGUGAAAGGGUCAACUCUGAUCACUUGCGUCAUGUGACCAAAGCUGACCUGUGGCAGCUGUGGCAGGACUCUGAGAAAGAACUUCGGGCUCGACUCCGUCAAGCCGAGUCCCAGCGAGAUGCUCUCCUCCGUCAGCUCUCAACACUGCCACAUCGAAAGCACCAAGUCCAACCAGAGGUACCGAGUGAAAAGUGGGUGAAAAGGUCCCUUGGAAACAUGGUAGGAGACACCGCCGUGGGUGCUAUCGAGCUCUGUGAUUCCAGGAAACACAACCUUAUUGUUGGGGACACCAGAUUGGCCAUUGGUGGGGGUAGAUGGGGAGAAGAGAAGAACAAUGGACACAGACAGAGGUUGUCGAGAAUGAAUAACAGGGAGAGAAAAAUGGAAGAGGUGAGACUAAAAACUAACAAGGGAGAUGUGUCAACUACCCCGAAGAGGAGAAAGCGACAGAGGUCAAGGUCACAAGAUCAUCUGGAUACUAAGAAAAGUCAGGACUCCUCGGAGGAAGGGAUACAUUAUCCUAGUCCUGAAGAGCGUUUAAGUUACCCAAAAUACACAAGAAGAAGAAAAAGAGAAACUAGCCAAGAUCGCAAAAGAGGUUCAGAUGAUCUAGAUGUCACCCCAAAACACAGAGCGAAAACUCACCAUCUAAGUGGUACUGUGAUAGAAAGAACCGGUCCAGCGGAAUCCAUAAGUGGGUACUGCACUACACCUCUUCCUCUUCUUCACUCUCUGCAUCAACAUACUAAAAGUGAUGUAGAAAGGAGUUAUGGUUCCCAUAAAUCAAUAUCUCUAGACAGAAGGGAAGAGAGAAUACCAUUCGAAAGUUAUAGUGAGCAAAUACACAUACAGAGCUAUUGCAGUGGUGAUAGUAGAGGAAUAGGUUGUGAUGAUGACAUGCGUCUAGAUGAUCACUGUGAUGAGGCAGACUGUCACAAGAAGCUGGAAGAUGAUAAGUUGCCACCUAGAAGAAGGCGAACACCUUAUCAUUUAGUGAGUGGGUACACAGAAAGCCAACACCGAAGACCAAAGGAAAGGCACUCAUCGCGAGAGCUGCCGGAAGGGAGACUCAGGUGAGAUUCGGCUUGGCAGACAGAUGUGUAGCAGUUGAGAUUGUUCUAGUGUUAUGCCAGGAAUAAUUGCAGCCCCUUCUCAGGAAGCCACAGGCAGCACGGGGCCAGGAGUUGAACCGCACAUGACAGCUCGUCCAAAAAGAAAGACUGCGAUUCCACAACAACAGCAAGUUCAAAAUCUGUGCCAUCGCAGAAGAUUUAUUAGCCAAUUUUGAUGCAGAUCAAAUGAAUAUGAGAAAGGGAAAUAAUUGAAGGAGUUGACUGAACAUACUUGAUCUCCAGGCCACAAUUGAGAGUGUAAUCUGUAAUGCUUUCCUCGUUUCCCUCUCUCACACACACACGUCGCUGACAAAAAAUCCCAUGUCAAAAACACUCAUCCUUUUCUCAGCAUUUCUCUCCAUUGACCAUCUUGUUUCCUGUUAAGACUUCAAGAAGUAAAAGCAAGCAUUCUUGUUUCCUAAACUAUUAACGUUGUAUUCUAGUUCAUAAUUUUGCUUCCAGUCUAGCAACAUUUUUCUGCCAUAAUAUAUAAUUGUCCAUGUGUACAUACAUAUUGGGAAUAAAAUGCGCUUACUUUCAACCAAUUUGAUUUUGUGCUUUUUAGGCUAUAUUAUUAUUUAAGUACAGUACAUGGAAGACUUUAUCGCCCAUGUGACAAACUUUCUUGUGAACAUUGUCAUGCUUAUGUAAAGCCUCACAAGUGGUCACACACUCUUCAUUUUCUUCACUUUUGAGAUAUAAAACUAUGUAUUUACCAUUCAAUCUUUCUCUUGAGGUAAUAAUUUUAGGAAUCUUAAUUUAACCCUUUAACCCUUAAACUGCGCAACGCGCCUGCAGGCCCACGUCUGGUUUGCGCAAAGCGCCUCCGGGUAUUUUUAUUUU